UACAUUUUGUGAAUUUAACAUCGUACUUGGCUGGCCAGAGUCCCAUUCAAUUCUUUUGCAUUUAAGUUUUCCAUUUUUUAUCAUUGAGGCAUGUUCGCUCUUCAAUUCGACUGAUACUGAAAGGUGCGUCCACAGUCCGUGUAAAACGUCCCAACGUGAGAGAAGAUGAGCCGCUUUCUGAACGUCCUGCGGAGCUGGUUGGUCAUGGUGUCCGUCAUCGCGAUGGGAAACACUGUGCAGAGUUUCAGAGAUCACAGUUUUCUGUCAGAGAAGCUCUACACAGGCACGCCUGAGUUUGUAAACGGUCUCCAAGCUCGAACAUUCGGCAUUUGGACGCUGCUGUCAUCAAUCAUCCGCUGUGCCUGUGCCAUUGAUAUCCAGAACAGAACGCUGUAUCACAUCACAUUAUGGACGUUUGUGCUGGCGUUAGGCCACUUUCUGUCUGAAGCAUUCAUCUACAAAACUGCACCUCUGACGAUAGGCGUCAUGGCACCUCUCAUUGUAGCGAGUUUCUCUGUCAUAGGAAUGCUGAUUGGAUUCCAGUGUUUUCCAGAGUCACAGGAGGAAGUUGGAGCUCGACAGAAGAAGCGUAACUGAAUCUAGGUCGUCUGAUUUUCCUCUGGUCCACUGAACCGAUGGCCAUGAUUACCACAGGACACUUGUGGGUCUAUUUGAAUCGCUGCUUGUUGCCUUGAAGAACAUCAGAUAUGGAUUUAAAUGACUAUUACUUCUUUUAAAGACUUUAUAUAUUUCUAUCUGGGCUGUAGUUAAUGUUUUCUAAGCUGAUAUUUUGCUGCUACAAACAGUUUUUACAUACGCCUGUAAUAAAAUAACAAUUGUUAAGGUUAAAAGUCCAUUAUAAAAGAUCUUCAUCUGUUUAUGUUGAUGCCUGUAGUUUCAAGUCAGUCUGAUUUUAAACUUUUGGAGUUGCAGUUCUGACAGUGGGGUUUGGAAGUGUUUGAUUUGUGACACCAGAUGUCCACUUUCAAUACUUUACAUUUAGUCUUGAUUUUAUUAAGAACUCAGAAAAAUUUACAGUAUAAAACUAUGCUCUUUAUUACAAAGGCUCACAAACACAUUGGUCAGCAGUUAUUCUUCAUGUUUGUUCUGUGCUGUGAAAAUUUUACACCCUUUAAAAUGAAAUUAUGCACAAUUAUUCUAUAAAAGGUUUUAAAACUGUGAUUUCGUUUGCAUUUAUUACCAGUGCAUGAAGAAGGUUCUGUCAUGUUUUAUGCGCAGCUUACAUUUAAAAAUAUCACUUCUUGAACUAUGGUGACUCGGCUUAUGACCAACAGAAAAGCAUUAAAAAAAUUGGCCAAUUCUGCUAUUUUAAAGUCCCUGUAAAGUGAUUUAAAAAUCUUUAUUUUUAGUUUGUUGUAUGAUAGGCCACUGUUGUAAUUUGACCACCUGGCUAAAUUUAAGACAUGAAAAAAAAUCUCUAAAUUUAUCAAAUUAACUUCAAAUCAUGAAAAAUUGGGGUGUGGGCGUGUCGGUUGAAUGAUCUGAAGCCAUGCCCACUCACAACAAAUAUGAUCCUCUCAAAAAAAAAAAAAAAAAAAAAAAGCUUCUGAUCAGAGCACAGCUGCUUGGCUCUUUGCCAGCGCAAAAGACAGAAGUUGGGAUUAAAUUUACUGUUUUCUGGCACAAAUCUCUCUGUUACUACACGUUUAAUAGCCUGUAGGCCACCGUAGCUGACAGAUUCAGGAAGUUUAACUCACAGUGGUACGGACCAGGCAAUUCCCCAUCAAGACUGGUGAUGUCGGGCUCAGAUUUUAGCUCAAAUUAAACCAAGCCAGGAAAGAGGUGAUCAGCUUUAUAACAGUCUAAAUAAAAAAAAAAAUCAAUCACAUUUAGAUCUCAUUGUUUUUAUAUAUUUACAGCAACCUUAUUCCAACAUAUCUAAAGUGUUAAGACAAAGUUUGGAUUUCACUUCACAGGGACUUUAAUAUCUUGUUUUGCACUGAAAUAUACAACAAUAGUUUUCUUGCUUAGCUUAUGUCAUUUGAAGCAAAACAGUCUCCAUUUGAGACUUGCUUUUAUUUAUUUAUUUUUUAAUAUUACUU